AUGAAGAACAAGGAUUGUGUUUCAUUUAAAGGCCACCCAGCAGGUGUGACAGGAAAGUUGUAUCGUACUCUCCUGAAAAGACAGCGCUGCUUUCUUGCUGCGGUGGUGGACAUCAACGAGUUUAAAACCUCAAAGGUGGGUCCCAAAUUGCCAAAUCAAGUGCCCUUCUCUAGAAGUAAUGUCAUUUUCGUAGGUUUAGACGUCAAUGCGGCGAAAAAUAUGCUUACUAUUGCAAAUUCCGUAUGGGAACACAAUAGCCGUCCCGACAUUUUCUCUCGCCAUCGCCAUAACGAAAAUGGUGCUGCAGGUUCUAUACCGACGGCUUAAAGAUUUUUACGCGUUUAG